AUGAGAUUUCUACAGUCCGACAGCCUAGUGUCGACCGGCACCACGCUACUUGCGUUGGCAGCCACCGUUUCAGCAGCCGCUGUCCCAGCAGAGCCUGUCUCGGCAAGGGCGUGCGAUCUUCCAUCGAAGUAUACAUGGACUUCGAGCGGCUCGCUGGCGAACCCAAAGUCGGGAUGGGCCUCUCUAAAGGACUUCACUCACGUCCCCUACAAUGGUCAGCAUCUCGUAUAUGGAACAACCCACGACCAAGGCUCGAGCUGGGGCUCAAUGGCUUUUAGCACCUUCUCGGACUGGUCUGCCAUGGGCUCAGCUAGCCAAAACGCGAUGUCUUCGGGCGCUGUCGCCCCAACUCUCUUCUAUUUCGCACCCAAGAGCAUCUGGAUUCUCGCCCAUCAAUGGGGCCCGACUGCGUUCUCGUACCGAACGUCAAGCAAUCCUACCAACCAGAAUGGGUGGUCAUCGCCCCAGCCGCUCUUUACCGGGUCCAUCAGCGGAUCCGGUACCGGUCCCAUCGACCAGACGCUUAUCGGCGACAGCUCGAAUAUGUACCUGUUCUUUGCAGGAGACAAUGGCAAGAUCUACCGGGCCAGCAUGCCUAUUGGAAAUUUCCCGGGCAGUUUCGGCUCUUCAUCCACCGUGAUCAUGAGCGACUCGACCAACAACCUAUUUGAAGCAGUGCAGGUCUAUACCCUAGCGGGCCAGAACAAGUAUCUCAUGAUCGUUGAGUCGAUUGGAGGUAAUGGUCGGUACUUCCGUUCGUACACGGCUACCAGCCUGAGUGGAUCGUGGACGGCCCAGGCUACAAGCGAGAGCGCACCGUUUGCCGGCAAGGCCAACAGCGGCGCCACCUGGACCAACGACAUCAGUCACGGUGAUCUUAUCCGCAGUACCAAUGACCAGACAAUGACGGUCGAUCCAUGCAACUUACAGCUCCUCUACCAAGGACGGGCCCCCAGCUCCGGCGGCGACUACGGCCUCCUGCCUUACCGACCGGGUCUGCUGACCCUGAAGCGCUAG